AUGUGUUUUGUUUUAGAAGUUUUAAAUAGAAAACAAGGUAAGAAAGAAUUAAGUGUUGCAUUUUAUGCGUCCAUUCGAUGUAUUUUGUCAAAUAAUAAACUAACAAUGGCAGCACCAAUUAAUUUUAGUCUUAUGGUUUAUUUCAUUGUGGUAGCAAUAAUAGGUACACUGGGUAAUGGUGUUAUAUUAUUCGCAUAUGGACAUCGAUGGAGUUCAUCGAAAUCAACAUCAGUUAUAUUUAUACUUAUUCUUGCUUGUGUAGAUUUAUGGACAUGUUUAAUUGUUGUACCGACAAUUGCUAUUAUGGAAUAUCGUGAUUUCGCUGUUCCAACAACAAUUUGUCGUUUUUAUUCUUUUUCAAAAAAUCUUAUUAUUAUUUCAUCAAUUAUAAUGUCAUUUAUUGCUCUUGAUCGAUUUUUAAGUAUAGCAUUACCACAUUGUCGAUUAUUAAAUCCACGACGAGUUAAAUCAUUAUUAAUAUUAAUUAUUGCAAUAGGUAUUGGUCUUGGUACAGUAACAGCAUUAGCAUUUUCUACUCAACCAUCAGCAAACAAUUAUCUUACUAACGUUAGUGUUACUUCGUCAAAUGGAUCUUCUAUAAUAACGUAUAAUCAAGAAGUUGCUUUUCGUGCUGAUCAUAAUAUUUCACUAUCGAAUACAACUGAUUUAAUUAUUGAACAAUUAGAAAUUUCUGAUGGUGCUAAUGUAACAAUUCUUGAUUUAGAAUAUAAAUCAACAUUAAAACAAUGUUUUGCUGAUACAUCUAUCAUGCCCGAAGCAAUACGUGAAAUAUUAAAAAGUUCAUCAAAUAAAGCUUUUUAUACAUUAGUUGGUAUAGUAACAAUUUUUUAUACAAUUACAUUUGUACUUGCUCUACGUCGACAAAAUCCACGUAUACGUGCAUUAAAAAAGAGUUUACAUGUUUUAAAUAAAUUUGAUUCAUAUCCAUCACCUAAAUCAUCUAAUCAACGACCGGCUGAUUCUGUUGUUUCAAUUCGACCAUCAUCAUGUCCACCAACAGUAAUAACAACAGCAUUACCAAAACAAACAAUAACACAAUCUCAUAUUAAUACUAAUGAACAACAUUAUGAAAUGUCUGGUUUUAGUCAACAAGAUGAUAGUGAUGAUCAAAAUCUUUCAUCACCAACUAUAUUAAGAAAAACAGAACAAAUUAAAAAUAAUACAGAAAAUAAUAUUAGUAUAUCAGAAGGUACAUCUGAUGAAUUACAACCAUCAUCUGAAAAAUUAAAUAGUAUCAAACAAGUAUCAUUUCAAAUUGAAAAUCGACGUAAUACAUUAAAAAAAGAACAAAAUCAACAUUUAUCUGUAUCAUCCACAUUACUUAAUGGUGAAUUAGAUAUUAAUAAUGAUAUGUAUUAUAAAUUACCAUGUCCAUGUUCAACAACACGUCAAUUAUUAAUCAAAUUUCAUUUUAUCCGACCUGUAAUAACCUGUAGUAAAUGGUUCUGUUGUUGUCAUCGUUGUAUAAAAAACCCAUCAUUAACAAAUCAUCUUACAUCAAGUGUAGGUCAGCCUGAAGAUGAAUCAGGAACAACAUUAACUUCAAAUGUUCCAAAUUCUCCAACAUCAACAUCAACAACGAAUAGUGAUACAUUACGAAGACAAUUACAUCGUCAUCGUAUACAACAAUUACGUAUGGCAUCAACAUUUUUAAUUAUAACAGUAUCUUUUGUUCUUUUCUAUUUACCAUCAAUUUUAAAUGCUGAACGAAUUAUAAAAAGUCCUAUUAUGGUUUAUUAUUUAUAUUUAUGUACACAUGCAUUAAAUCCAGUUAUUUAUUGUUUUAUGAAUCCUAGUUUACGUACUUAUGUUUUAUCAAUAGUUCGUUGUCCGUCGAGAAAACGAAGUGGAAGUCAUAUCGGAGGAGGAGGACAUUCAUUUUUUGAACGAUAA